AUGGAAUCGUUAGUAAAUUCAGUGAAGAGUGCUGCAAUAAGUGUAGGCGAAAUAUUUACACCAUUAUUGAAGGAAUCGAAAUUCAAGGAAACUGGUGUACUAACACCAGAAGAGUUUAUUAUCGCUGGUGAUUAUCUUGUCUACAAUUGCCCAACAUGGGCGUGGGCAAAGGCCGUUGACGAGUCCAAAACGAGGAGAUACUUGCCAGUUAAUAAGCAGUUCUUGAUUACACGAAAUGUUCCUUGCAGUCGGCGUUGUAUUGACAUGGAUUAUGAUGCAAAACAAGAAAAGCCAAUAAAAUUUUUUCCAUAUUUUGGGUAUGUGGAGCAGAAAAUGAAAAAAGAAAAUGAUGUAGGAAACGGAGAAAAUAUUAUCAAAACUAGGACUUACGAUCUGCAUAUAACCUAUGAUAAAUAUUAUCAGGCAAGCCGAUUUAUUACUUUUUUGAUCGCAAAAAUGAUGUUUGGCAUAGCCUUUUUAUCAAUUUUUCAUUUUUAUUUUCAGGAUCACGCCAAUAAAACAGUGACUAUCGAAGCUCACCCGCACUUGCAUAGUACACACAUGGCCUCUAUACAUCCUUGUAGACAUGCUGAUAUUAUGAAACGUUUAAUUGACCAAUUCGCCCAAUCCGGAAAGGAACUCAUUAUAGAAGAAUAUCUCAUAAUCUUCCUAAAAUUUUUACAAGCAGUCAUCCCAACUAUUGAGUACGAUUUUACGAGAAGUAUAACGAUUUGA